CAGGCCUGCAGGACAUCGAUCCGCUUGGGGCUUCAGCCAAAGCGCUAAAGGCUUGGAGCUCAGCCUCUGUGCAGGCCGCCUCCACUGAGGUCUGAGAAUAGACCACAAGAUGACUGGGAUGUUUUCCACAAAGCAGAGUGGAAUUACGUGCACGCUCACACCAUCACUUCACACUAGCUGUCACAUCCGAGCUGAUGACUCACUUUUAUUUUCCAAAGUCUUCCUGAAUUCUGCUCGCUUCUGCAAUAAGAUUGAGUGACAGAAAUAAUCUUAAACUGCUGUGAGUGAAAAAUACAGAAAUAAAAAAGCACAGAAGAGUUCAAAACAGCUACUGCUUAGCUGAUUGGUCAGCGCAGUUUAGUGGGUGGGGCAAACACCAUGACAUCUCAGCUAUAUAAAUAUGAAUGAUCCUGUGAGCUGAGGUCAAGUGCUGCUUACAACAACUUUGAGAAUGUGAGGAUGUCCAGUCCAGAGGAACUGUCUGAUGAGUUUGCAGCUUCUUUCCCUGUGUGGUAAAUUUACCUCACAAAGUGCUUCAUGCUGAUGGUCUGAAGCAACAGACUGUUAUAUGUCUUGCAAACUUGCACCUGCUGGUCUUAUUGGGGUCAAUGGCUCAUUCAAAAGGCCUUUUGGAGAUCGCUGUCAGGCUGUGCUUGGACCAACGUAAACAGCUGUGUCCUCACGUGUGGGUCCCCAUCCUGAAGCCCUUGCGGCCUUGCAUCCGCUCUCCGGGUUCAGAGCACUAUCCUGUCGGCCUUUUGAGUCAGGGGCAUCUGGACUAUCCUCUCUUAUCUAUCCUUGAUGACAUAGAUGAUGAUGACAUUUUCACCCCAAUCAAGGAGAAACGUGUGGUUUUUGCUGACUCACAGGGCUUUUCCCUGACAGAUGUACGACUUUUUACUGAUGAAGAAGAGCAGUCUGACCUGGAUCUGCUGCCCACGGUGCAGGAUUUAGGAAGCAUGACAGGGGAAGGAUACAGCUGCACUGUCAGCACCUCCUGCCCAGGGACGCGCCUCAAACUGGGCUUUGCGCAGCCUUCUUUGGAUUUUCAGGUCUUCCGCUCCAGACUGGCAGAGAGCAUGGUGAUCCUGGAGUGCUGCAGCAUUAGCGAACAGACCCUCCGCGGUACAGUGCGGGUCAGGAACAUUACCUUCCAGAAGGACGUGCGAUUGCGCAUCACCUUCGACUCUUGGUUGAGUUACCGUGAUGUCCCCUGUAUAUACCUGCAGGAGCGCUUUGGAGGACCUCAGACAGACAUCUUUGAGUUUUCCACAGAUAUUCCUAAGGUAAUUGAUGCCAAGCGGAGGAUAGAAUUCUGUUUGAUCUACUUGCCAGCCGGUCACAGUGAGCCUUUUUGGGACAAUAACAAUGAAAAAAACUACAGCAUUACUGUGUGUGUGAGCUCACACCUCUGCUCUGGGAAGAAUCUGAGUGAAAGAGUAAACUAACCCGAGCCAUAACAGUUCUUCUAAAUAGAUUUAUGAAUAAAUACAUUUUACAUUGCUUUUACUUUA